AGGAAAGGGAAAAGGUUCCGCUCUAUGUCGGGAAGCGUCAGACGGAUAUAUUUUUGAAGGAUGUGUUGAUUCAAUCAAUUAAUAUCGUUUAGUUUCGGUGCUAGUGUUAUACAUAUGACGUUUUUCAAGAAGAAACAUGUUAUGUUCUUACCCUGACGUGUUAGCAUGCUUCGUAUUGAUACAACAAUAAACAGGUUAACAGGUUAGCUCUCAGUCACAUGAUUUGCUAACACAAUAGGAGUUAUGGUAAAGUUACUGGAUAUGUGUUGGUAAACGUAAUUUGGAUAAUGUGUUGAUCUGGAAAAUGCAGUAUUUGAUCGAGCACACCUGGGAUAGCAAUCCUGUGAAUCAUGACCCUAUCAGGAUCAAUUUCUCUCCUGGGCAAGGAGGGCUGAAGAUAGAGAUGUUUGGUCCCUUCUUCAACGACCCAGUAGGUCCUGCGAGCCCCCCCAGCCAGCCCUUCCCUGGACUCUGGAAUUAUGAAGUUGUGGAGUGCUUCUUCCUCGAUAGCACUACAGUAAAUUACCUUGAAGUGGAGUUUUGUCCACAUGGACAGCAACUGAUAUUGUUGCUGUCAGGAGUUGGCCAAGCAUUCCAGCAACAACUUCCCAUGGUGUUUAAUGCCACGAUCAAAGGGGACAGAUGGAUGGGGGAGGCUCUCCUCCCUUGGUCGUACUUGCCCCCCAAUAUCAACAAGAUGAACUCCUACGCUAUCCAUGGCUCAGGUGAGGGGCGCACAUAUGAGGCUCUCUACCCCAUCCCCAAGGAGGACAUAGUGGAAGGCCAAAAACCCAACUUCCACCGCCUGGAGUAUUUCCAAAAUUUCCGCCUCCAAAGCAUCAUGGGAGAAGGUUGGGUCCAGCCAGAUUCUGAUCUGUGGAUUGGAAAGCCAUGAGCUCUUAAAAAAACACUCCUCUCUCUUGCACACAAACACACACACACAAACACACUACGGCGGCAGGCCCAUAUUACAAACACUCAUUGACGGGGAACAAAGGCCAAUCAAUCUUUAUUAGUUAAUGAUGCCAAACGAUAUGACGCAAAAUAUGUUAUCAGCCUGUCAGGGUGUAUUAGCCUUCACACACCUCGGUAGGUACAAGCACACAGUCACGUACAUAUCCCAAGGUAUUGGGCGUCAGCUUAAUUUGCUUCGGCAGAGUGCGACCUGCACCACUUAAACUGUGGAUGGUGCGAAGGCUCGCUUUGACAUUCAGCUCCUGUGUAGCCUGUGCCUUUCACUCCAGUGAAGUAAACCACAACAGGUUCUUGUGAUUCCUUGCCCUGACUGCUAACGGACACACACAAACAAAUCAUACAAACAGUGAGGUCAAAAUGUCUUUGUUAAAGCUUUUGAAUCAGUGCUUUAUUGUAUAAGGAUCAUUUUGCAUUCCAAUUGCAUUAACCUUUAAUGAGUUGCAUUUGCAAUUAAACAUUUUUACAUCUGCUG